AUGGACGGUUCAGGAACUCCGAGUACAGACUUGUUCACAUCAUCUAUAACCGUUAUUGGUGCAUCGUCCAGUCUCUACAGUAUUGACACAACAACAGUAACAUCUCCUGAAUCAGAGUCUGCCUCUGUGAGAACAGAACAAGGUACUUCUGGUGAAAACAUCACUAAGUCUACUGAGACACCCAUCACUAAAACCACGUCUGGCUCUUCUGCUUUCAAUAUUCUGUCCGUCUCGACAUCAAGAAAAGCCGAAACAAGUGACACUUCAAAAACAGACGUUUCUUCAGCUUCAGCGCUCCAGAGCACAGAGGAACCAACAUCAAUGUCAUCUGAAACAUAUCAGACUCUUGCUACAGUGAAGUUGCAGGAAACGUCAGCAGUUCCAGAGGAAAGUUCAAAAUCUCCAAUUACAAGAGAAGAUAGGACAAGUAAACCAACAAGUGAAAUGUCUAGCAGAGACAUUGAAUCUUCUACUGGCUCAUCGUUGUUCAGCACUGAGAAGACAACAAAUCUUCUACCUAAGGAUGACGACAGUGUUCAAACAGGUCAGACAACGACACCUUCACUUUCCACAGUAACGGGCAGAACAGAAAGUUCUUCUGCCGCUUCUCCAGUAGAUAGAGACUAUACUAGAGGCCAAACCAUUGACAUGUCCACACCAGUAUCGACUGUUGCAGGGUUAUCGUCAUCUGAUAUCGUCAAUGAGACAACACGAUCGCCUGAAGCUAUGACGAUUCAAAUAGGCACAGAACCCGAAACCUCCGGAGAAGGAUCUGCUGCUUUUGCUGACAAGUCAGUUGUGACCAUUGCCACUGCAUUCCCAACAUCUGCUGUCUCUGAUGGUAAACCCAUGAGCCCAUCAACGCUUUCUUCGAUUAUUCCAUCUGUCUCAUCAUCCACAACUCUGCAUGAUGAGUAUGAAGAAAUGAGUACAAGGUUUACAACUGUCGAGUCCAUUGAUGUACUCAGUGAAUCAAGUAUUCAACCUGACGCAGCUUCAAAGCUCAUUGUCACUGAUGAGUCAAUGAAGACAACAGCAGUUUAUACAACAAUAGGCACAAAGUCAGACAACGACACCUUCACUUUCCACAGUAACGGGCAGAACAGAAAGUUCUUCUGCCGCUUCUCCAGUAGAUAG